AUGUCAAAUGACACAUGAUAUCCAAAAUAGUGGAGGGUGUUCCCAGUGCUCCUUAUAUUCGUUUGAUCCUCCAAGUUAGGCUCGGAUCUGCACUAAACGCUGGGGAAUAAUGGAUUUGGCGACAGAAAUUUUAUUGUACGUUUCAUCUGCAGUCAUUAUCCACAUUCUGGUGUUCUAUUUCGUCAUGGUAACGAAGAAAAAGGGGAGAAACAUCAAAGACAAACAUGUCGUCGUUACCGGCGGCUCGAGUGGUAUCGGUCUCUGGAUUGCAGUGACCUGUGCCAAACAGGGAGCCCACGUCACGCUAGUCGCACGAAAUGUCCAAUUGUUGGAAAAGGCACUUAAAGUUGUGGAGCAGCAUCGCCAGGAUGCCUCGCAACGCCUGUCCUUCAAAUCCAUUGAUCUCACAAAAUCCUACGACGAAGUCGCCAAAUCGUUGGAAGAAGUCGAGGAACAAAACGGACCCAUUUACAUGCUCGUCAACUGCGCGGGAAUGGCAAUUUGCGGAGUGUUUGAAGAAAUCACUCCGGAAGAUGCUCAGUUCUUGAUGGACGUCAACUACAAGACAGCUUACAACUGCACGCGUUAUGUUCUACCCAAAAUGAAGCACGCUCGUGACGGUAUCAUUGUGAUCACUGGGUCGCAAGCCUCUCUGCUCGGCAUCUACGGGUACGGGCCCUACGCCGCGGCGAAGUUCGCCCUUCGUGGUAUGGCCGAGACUAUCGCUAUGGAAGCGAGCCACUUGGGGGUUUCGGUGACGCUUGCCUUGCCGGCUGAUACGGAUACCCCUGGCUUCGAGAAUGAAGAGAAAACCAAGCCAGAGGAGACGAAAAUCAUCUCAGGAUCAGGUGGUUUGCACAAACCUGAGGAGGUGGCGAAGAAAAUCGUUUCUGAUGCAUUGAAUGAAAAUUUCUUCUCAAUCUUGGGGGCGGAGAGCUGGGUCGUGACGCUACUCUGUUCUGGCAUGGCUCCAUGGGGAGGAUUUCUGUUUACGGUGCUGCAAGCGUUUGCCUUGAUUCCCUUGCGAAUAAUAUCGUACUUCGUUCGGGGCCAAUUUACGAGCAUUGUUAGGAAAUGUGCUGCUCAGAAGAAACUGCGCCAGGAAGUUAAGGAGAAGAAAAGUAACUGAAACUUCGUCCAAGAAUGCACAGAAAAGUUGUUGGAAUUCAAUUCCAUUUCCAAAGAAAACAUAUUUUGUAUAGAUUUAUGAUCAUUUUACUGUUAUCAUUGUGAGGAAUAAAAUAUUUACUAUGAGUC